AUGGGUAAUCGGUCGAUCAGACCAGAACCUGUUCGAACUAUCGAUGAACAAACCCAAACAAUAACUCAAGAUUUUUCCUUGAAUGAAAAAAAACCAUCGACAAAACAGUCGAAGUCAGAUAUUACUGAGGAAAAAAUAAAUAAACAACUAGUCCAUCUAACAAAGGAUAAAAGAAUUACAGAUUUAAUCGGAAAUACUGGGGACCACUCUCUAGUGAGAUCAUACGAUGGAAUAAAUCUAACCAGUAGAAUAAAGCCAUCAAGAGGAAAUAUGUCGCCACCAGUUCAACCUGUAAAUGAAGUUCUAUAUGUUUCCCAUCCUAGAUCUAAACCUACUCUUUGCUCAUCGUCUCAUGAAAUAGAGUCACUGGACCAUGAUCAGAAUGACUUAAUUGAUGGCAAACAUUCAUUAAAUGAAGAAGCCUACCAAAUGUAUCGCUUGACCAGUUCAUGUAGAGCCAGACAUGAAAAGCGGAAAAAUUCAUGUACAGGUAGUAGGAGAACGAACAAGAAACUUGGAUCAGUAAAUCAGUUUACACCUAACCAACAGUCUCAACUACCACGUAAUCAAAAAAUAAAGAAACACCAGCAACAUACUGAAGGGAAUAGUGAAAAGAUUGAAGAGGAUGAACAAACAAAAAGAGGAAGAAAUAUACCCGUAGACUGCAUUAGAGUGAAAAGGAAGCCAUCUAGUUUUUUUGAAAACCCUUUGAGUAAUAUUAAUAAUUGCAGUGAAAAUAUGAGGAUAUCUAAAUGUCUGUAUGAAUUAUUACCAUGUAUGAAGAAGUUACACGAGCUACUGGAAGAAUUUAACGAAUUAUUCGACAUACUGCCAAAUGAAUUAAAACUCUCCAUGAAUAUCUUGCUGCAUUACACCGAUUUAAUUAAUCCAAUUGAAAGCCGGCAGAAACUGAAUAUCACAGAAGUCAAUGGUAAAAUGAUUCGAGAAUUAUUGCUCCAGCUGGAAAAGCAUCUGUUACAUGUUCAAGACUUAUUCAAUAUUCUAAAUAGGAUGGAUGAAAAAUUUCAUACUUUUAAUACAAUAAUCAAUCAGAUAACCGCUAUGUCAGACUUGUCAUCUGAAAAUUAA